CAGUCAUUUUUAAUGAUCGUUGAAAGCCCAGAUCGUAAUCGUGAUUAAAAUUCGAUUAAUUGAGCAGCCCUACUUCAGAAUGUUCAGAUUGGGACAUACCCCUUCCAGAGGACAAACAAAGCAGAUGGAAACGUGGAGAAAUUCCCUUCAGGAUCUAAGAGAACUACAUGUUCCCAGAACCUACACAUCCACCUCACUAAGUCGAGCAAAGCGAAAGGAACUGUGUUUAUUCUCAGAUGCAUCUACUAAGGCCAUAGGAGCUGUAGCCUACUUAAAGGCAGUUCAAACAGAUGGGAAGGUCGAGGUUGGGUUCAUAAUGGGCAAAGCAAAACUAGCCCCCCUGUCAGAACCUACAAUACCAAGACUUGAACUAUGUGCAGCCGUCUUGGCAGCAGAAAUGGCUGACCUCAUUCAAGAUGAGUUGGACUUAGACUUUGAUGCAGUGCACUUCUAUACGGACAGUAAGGUAGUGCUUGGCUACAUCUGUAAUGAGUCAAAAAGGUUUUACACAUACGUUCACAACAGAGUACAGCGCAUUCGCCAGUCAUCAAAGCCAGAACAGUGGCAUUAUGUGCGCACAGAGGAAAAUCCAGCAGACCAUGCGUCUAGGUCACUGUCGGCAUUCCAACUAAAAAAGUCCACCUGGUUCACCGGACCACCCUUCAUCCACCGUCCUGCCGCAGAGACAACACAACUGAGUGGAAGGUUUGACCUGAUUGAACCAGAUAAGGACUCAGAAAUUAGACCAGAAGUAAAAACUUACGUCACUCACCUCCAAGUACUCAUCUGUAAGCGUUUUGAGCACUUUUCUACUUUUCAGUCUUUAGUCAGAGCCAUAGCAAAUCUUAUCCACAUUGCAAAGUCCUUCAAUGGGACUAAUCCAAACAAAAAAUGCAAAGGCUGGCACAAAUGUCAUCUGCCUCAAACUCCAGAGGAGAUUGCUCAAGCAAAAACUGUCAUCUUCAAAGAGACACAGAAGGCAUACUUUGAGAAGGAACUUUCUGCCCUUGAUGCUGGCAAGCCAAUCUCAAAACAGAGCCCCCUCAAGAAGCUCAGCCCAAUGUUACAGGACAGUCUCAUUUCUGUUGGAGGCCGACUCAAACACGCAGAAAUUGAGAGUGUUGAAAAGAGCCCAGUAAUUCUUCCAAAAAACAGUCACAUCUCCCUUCUGCUCACUCGCCAUUACCACGAGCUAACAAGGCACCAAGGUCGUCAUCUGACGGAAGGAGCAAUCAGAGCUGCUGGGCUGUGGCUUUUAGGCGGCAAAAAACUAGUCAAUUCAGUAAUCCACAAAUGUUUAACCUGCCGCAAACUACGUGGAAAACAAGAACAACAACUCAUGGCGGACCUACCACCUGAACGCCUAAAAACUUGUCCUCCUUUCACCUACGUCGGCCUUGAUGUCUUCGGACCGUGGUCCAUAACAACCAGGCGUACCAGGGGCGGAGUAGCUGAAAGUAAGCGGUGGGCCAUCAUGUUUACCUGCAUGAGUUCGAGAGCUGUGCAUAUUGAGGUAAUCGAAUCUCUGGACACAUCCAGCUGCAUAAACGCCCUCCGCCGCUUCUUCGCUCUGAGAGGCCCCGCCAAACAGCUGCUAUCUGACCGUGGCACCAAUUUUAUUAGCACUUCAAAGGAACUUGGAAUGGAUAAAUCACUCCAACAGUACCUAACUAUCCAAGGCUGCAGUUGGGAGUUUAAUCCACCACAUGCAUCCCACAUGGGAGGCUCUUGGGAGCGCAUGAUCGGAGUCGCCCGCAGAAUCCUGGACUCCAUGCUACUACAAAAUAAGAUUCAACUGACUCACGACGUGUUAUGCACACUCAUGGCUGAGGUUACAGCCAUAAUAAAUGCAAGGCCGCUCGUCCCAGUGUCCUCUGAUCCAGAGAACCCUUUCGUCCUAUCCCCUUCAAUGCUCCUUACGCAGAAAUCUUGCCUCCUAUCCCCACCUGGAGACUUUUCGGAUAAAGACCUCUACAACAAACAAUGGAGACGGGUCCAAGCCCUUUCCAACCAGUUCUGGACACGCUGGAGGCGAGAGUAUCUACCCACAUUGCAGCAAAGGCAGAAAUGGACCGGGUCGCGCAGAAACCUCCAAGUUGGUGACCUGGUUCUGCUCAAGGACAAGCAGGUUGCACGAAACAGCUGGCCCAUGGCCAGGGUCACUGCCACAUUCCCAAGCAAGGACGAUCGAGUAAGGAAAAUUGAGUUUUCACCACAUGUUCAUGGAGACAAUUAAACAAGCUGCAACUAAACUCCAGGGUCUUCAUUUGUGGUUUAACUCGGUGUCACCAACAUCCUCGUUGAAAACACUACAGGCAAUAUGGCCUACAAUCCAAAUUGCAGUAUAAUUUGAAGCAUGUGCGGUAACGAUAUAUAUUGCGAUAAAUAGAUCUUUUCUGUAUAUCAGCGGUCCCCAACCCCCGGGCCUCGGACCGGUACCGGUCCAUG